AUGACGAUUUCCGAUGUGGUAGUAGGGAACUUAACUGUACUCUAUUUCAUUACAAUCGCCGCGAUUAAAGUUUACGGUUUAGCGAUGGGCCAGAGUUUUAGCGGUUUCUUUGUACUUGUUACAUCUACUUUAUUGCUCGCUUUUAUAUUCCUUGUAUCGCUAACGUGGGAUAUUUCAAGAAAGGCGAUCAAAGCGUUCGUGUCGUCGUCUUCAUCGUCCAGUGACGCCGGCGGCGAUUAUUCCGGCGAUAACAAUAUCGCCUGUCGCGGCGGAAUAUGCUGGCACGGCGUCGCAGUUAGAUCGCCGGCUUCUCAAGUUCGGUUUAGUCUUCCUCAACGGGUAGAUUAUCGGGCAGCACACCAUUUGUGACCUUA